AUGAGAAGCAAAGAGCGAGCGGCAGACAUCGGCAAGGCGGAGAGACGCGUGCUUCAGCCAGAAAUGGCACACAGGAUGGAUCGGAUGAACGCUGUCAAGAGGGCGGAAUUUGAGAAGCAGGUGCAACAGGUUGUGGAAAAUAUUGUCUAUACCGCGAAGCGGCGCUACGUUCGGCGACAGGAGAAGUUGGAUGAUGCAGGAAUCUUCCACCCUGAGGCAAACGCGCACAGGGUACACACGCAGUUCUGGGCGGACCUCAACAACAACGUCAACAUCACAAAGAUCGAGAACGAGGUAUGGGCGAGAAUGGCGGCGGAUGCGGAGCGUGGUGGCAGCCCGCCCCAAGGAAGCCCACACAACACGACCUCUACACUUGGUCGGCGCACGCCCGCGAUAGUCGCAACGUCGGGAAGCAGGACAACGGUGGCCGUGAACGACUCUGAGAGCGCGAGACCCUCUUCAAAAGACAGCUCCCGUCAAGGCGCAGUGGGUGGCUCGUCGAAGGCGGUGGCUUGGUCAGACGACGAUGCAGCCAAGGAUGCGUGCCCUCCAACCAGCAAUGACGCGGCGCUAUCAGCACCCUCGUCAGAAACCUUUGCCGGCAUCCUUGGGUACGACGAACUCGGCCACGUUCCCACGCUGGACGAGUUUCGAUCUGAGUGGCCGAAACUGAAAUCCCGCGGGGACUUGACGUCACUAGCUUGCUCGGGGGAGAACAACAGACCCCGGGGCACUUCCAGAUGGGAGGACCACGCCAACGGACGGAGGCAGCAGCAGCAGCAGCAGUGUUCGGGAAGCGUCGUGAAUGAGCUUUCGAAGAGGGACGAGGUCUUCCGGCACUUCAAGAAGUACUACGACAAGGCCGACCACCUGGAAGGGAGGCCCGGCGACGCGCUGUUCCCAGCCGGGGUCUGCCCGACAGGCGUUCUUCAGCCCGACUUCGAGGUCGUCGAAGCCGUGGGGCGACACACCGCCCAGGCGCAGGAGUCGCGGUGCCGCAGCCGCAUCGGAGAGGGCGUGCUGUGCCAACCCGGAGGUGGCUCCGAUGUGACUCGGAAGAGGUUGGGUGGGAGCGAUCGGACACAACGGCGCUCGAGGGAAGGAACUGGGGAUCUCGGCGACGGCGUUGGUCACUCAUCUGCAUCCGGUGGUGACGGUUUCACGAACGUGUUCCGAGAGUCAAUGCUAGGAGGUGAUGGUCGGAACGAAACGCCCCCCGAAGGGAGUGGGACUGUUUCUUUCCCCCAUUCGAAGCGGUACGCGAACCGUGCGUCCACAGGUUCCCGGCGAGGAAAUGGAGACACUAGCAGCAGCGCCAAAGGCACCUCGAGCGGGACUACCGGACCAACCCACGACGGGAAAAGAGUAAGGGGUAUACGCCCCGGUGGCUCUGUGUGGGGUGUUGACAGCGUACGCGCCAAAGCCUCCUCCGAGGGAAGCUCUACAUCCGCAGAACUGCAAGCAAGACUGGAGGCGUCGUGGAGAGCAUUGCACGUGCCUGCCCGGCUGAAGCUCGACUUCCUGCAAAAGUACUGCACCGUCCAGAGGAUUUUGGACCUCCCGAAAACGGCGUUCUUUCUCGAGACGGCCAGCAAGGCUGUCCCGCUGAGAGAAAAGGUAGGGGGCCAAGCCCUUUGCUCUCUCCAAGAUCUCAUGCCUGAAGAGUGGAAAACUAAGUAUCAUCUAACGAGUUUUUGUCCUCCUUUUCGAUCGAAGGUGAUCGACUACGUACGUCGAAUUGAAGACGACGGAGAGUCGAUGACCGCAUCGUCGGUGUUCUCCCCCACCGAAGAAGGCGUGCUCUACGAGCUGAACUGCUGGGAACAAUUCGACGCGAUUGAUGAGCGCGUUCUCCGAGACGACUCGAGCAGCAACGAUAGGGACGACGACUUUGACGCAGAUUCUGAUGGCGGUGGUGAAGGCAAGGGAAGCGAUGCCGACAACGAUGCCGGGGACGGGGAGCGGGACGAGGAAUUUACGGAGGAGGCCAGAAGACAGGCACAGCGUAGGAGAAGGCUAGAAAAGGAGGCGCGUCGGAAGGCGGCGGAGUCUUUGCUGGCGUGGCUGACGUCCAUCGAGUCGAAACUGGCGCACAAGUGCGCGGAGGUCUGCGACACUGCUUGGUACGACUUGGGUGAGACGAUCACGUACAAGGGGCGGCCGGUCGCGUACACGAUACCUACAGCAGUAAUGGAGGCUGCAAUAAAGAGGCGAGAAGAUGGAGAGGACAGGACCAAGCACGGCAGAAGAGCCCGAUAGGCCCGAAUCAUGCUGUUGUUGACCGGGUGCGGGGCUCGAGCUUCUGGAAUGGACUUAGAAAUGGUAGAUCU